CCGGGAAGCGGCACCCUCGAGGAUUGGCUUGGGGAGCGCGUCCUUCCCUGCGGAGGGGCAGCCCGAGGGGAGCCGGGAGCUCUGGGGAGCCGGAGCGCCCACGAGAUAAGUGAAUGGAACUUCAGAAGGAGAGUUGCUAAAAGUGACAGAAAAUGGCAUAUCGAAGAGAUGAAAUGUGGUCUGAAGGGCGAUAUGACUAUGAAAGAGUUCCAAGAGAACGUCUCCCUCCAAGGAUUCAUGGUGAUGGUGAUUACCAUAGAAUAGUAAACAUUGUGCCCAAGAAACCACCACUGCUUGAGAGACCUGGGGACGGGAAUUACAGUCGCUAUGACGAUUACGGUCACGCUGAGUACAGAGACUAUGAGGAGGGUCGUAGUUUUUCCCAUGCCCGAAGAAGCGGCCCUCCACACCGAGGUGUACGUAAGGAUGAAUCAGGAUACAGAUGGGCAAGGGAUGAUCAUCCUACAAGACCUGAAUACAGGGAUGUCAGAGAUGGCUUCAGAAGAAAAAGCUUCUAUUCUUCUCAUUAUGUGAGAGAUCGAUCCCCUCACAAGAGGGACUCUCCUUUCUUCAGGGAAUCGCCAGGGAGCCGGAGGGAUUCUCCGCACAGCAGAUCUGGCUCUAGUGUCAGCAGCAGGAGCUACUCUCCUGAAAGAAGCAAAGCCUAUCCUUUCCACCAGCAUAGCAGAAGUAUGUCAUCUUUACAUAAAAGAAAUAUUUCUUCUCAGCAAGGUAAAGAGAGGACAGGUCAGUCGCUGAAAACAUCACGAGAUGCAUCACCUUCAGGGUCCACAGCAGUACCUUCAUCAAAGGCCUUGGAGAAGAGCAACAGACUAUCAGAAAAGGAACUUGCAGAAGCUGCAAGCAAGUGGGCAGCUGAAAAGUCAGAGAAGGCCGAGGAAAGCAAUAUACCUGAGAUAACAGAGUAUGAUGCUGGUUCUUCAGCUCCAUUAUACAUUGAGCAAGCAGAGGAAACAGAAGCAAACCUAACAGAUAGUACAGAAUUACAUGAGGACAGCCAGCUUCUUAGUCGCUCAAAAGCAAUUGCAGCUAAGACAAAGGAGAUUGAACAGGUCUACAGACAAGACUGUGAAACCUUUGGCAUGGUAGUGAAGAUGCUAAUUGAUAAAGAUCCUUCAUUAGAGAAGUCCAUUCAGUUUGCCCUGAGGCAGAAUUUGCAUGAAAUAGGUGAGCGAUGUGUUGAAGAACUCAAACAUUUCAUUCUCAGUAUGAUGCUGCCAACCAAGAUAUAUCAGAGUCCUUCAAAGAGGGCUCAUACUAAGGACAAAAAUUUGCUUUUAUCCUCUGCAUUGUGUCUGCCACAGUACAUAAAUCUGCUUUUUGUGGGGAAAGGGGAGCUCUUGUUUGAAGUUUGAACCCAAGGCCUGCGCUCCUUUGUAACAGCUCAGGUGUCUGUUCCCUUGUCCACUGUGUUCUCCACAAUUGUAAUCAUCUUACCUGUUCUUGUUGAAAGGAUGUUCUUUUCAAAAAUACUGUAAAGCAACAAACUAUUUUUGAAACAUUACACAGUUACCUUGAAAAAAAUGAUCUGUUGUCUGUACACUUAUGUUUUGAUGCUUAUAAGUGUAACUUGAAACAUUGUUUUCAAUUAAAAUACAUGAAGCUGCUCUCAUUCCUCAAGUUAUGCACAAAUAUAUCUUGUUCACAUACAUACCAUAAGAAGGGAAAACUUGCAAAAUUGGUCACAAUUACGAUUUAAAUUAUUUAUUCUGGUUUAAUUUAAAAAUUUAGAUACAUUCCAUAAAAUUACACUAAGGGUUAUCUCUAGUCUCUAACUGCCAGAGCAAUUAACUUCUUGAUGUAAGAAGUGCUGUAUUCAUGUUCUAAUUGCAGGUUCUACAAAUGCCUGUUAAAUUUUGGUGUUUUCCAUAUCAUGACUCAUUGCUAGUAAGCAGUAUUAUGUAAGAUGGAUUCCAUUUUUUGUUACUGUUUGCUCUAUUUUGAAUACACUGUACAGAAUGUAGCUGUAGCAGCCACUGAGCAGGGAAAGGUCACUUUUCCUACUCUGUCGCUCUCCCCACUUACAACUUCUCAAGCCUUUUCUUCAUCAGUUUUAAUAAUAAGGAUGCUGUGUGUAAUCUUUAUUUCCAACUUCAAGAAGGAGCAGGAAUUGGAGUGUUGAGGAUGGGCAAGGAAAGUGAGCAGGACCAUCUCUCCAGUAAACCCAGGUUGCUUUGGAUUAGGUGCAAUACAAAGUUUAUCCCUAAGUCCUCAGAUUCACUCAUUUCAAACCUAGGUGAUUCUGGUUAGUGUCUGGCACCACUUUUGACCUGAUUUGCAGUUUUGGGAACAAUGGAUGAGGAAGCCCAAAAUAAAUUUAUAUAAUAAAUAACAAAUAAAUUUAUUAAGAUACUGGAUUUUUAUGAAUGUUUUAGGAAAGGGAUAAUUUGAAUUACAAUUGCAAAGAUGUAAGUGUGAUUGUUUUGUAUACAUUCACAUUUACAACAUGUGAAACUCUGUAAAAGGACUAAUAACCAAACUCACUAUUUCCAGAUUUCAUCAGAAUGGUGUGCAGAAACACAAAGUGGCAAUGAUUUUGCAUGUACAAGGUACUGUGUGUAUCACAGUGUAUUACACAUGCAAAUCUUGAUAUGGUAUAUUAAAUAUGCGUUGCAUCAGAUUCCUGAGAUACCUGGUUAGUUCUCCUGUCAGUAAGGGGAAGUUUUGCAGUUGGCUUUUCUUAAGAGUUCACAAUGCUCCAAAGAGAUGACCUGCAACUACCCUUGUUAGCACCUGGGAUUGUGUGGGCUGCACAGUGAGUGGGAAUCAGCUCAUGGAUCCUACAGGAUGCUAAUUUGGGGAGAGAGAAAGGGGAAAAGAGGCAAACUGUUGUGACAUAGUAGUGAGACCUGACCCGCCCCUUCUGGCAACGACCUGGUUUUACUGAGAUCAGUAGAAGUGUUCUCUGAUGCAGAACCAUCACUACAGCACUUCACUACUUGCUUACAGGACUGAGAGCCUUCAGGAUGUAACAUAGGAGUUUCUACUUUGGGUUAGAAAUGCUAAUGGGAAAAUUAAUAAAAUCGUGUGUAAUAUAUUUUUUAUUAAAAAUCUCCAUUGUUACUGUACAGUUUGUUAGGAGUUUCCUUUGUUAGAAGCCUGGUUAAGUUUACCAUUAUAAAAAUAUCCAAGUUUUCAA